ACUAAGGCCGUCGAACAGAUUUUUAGGGCUGAACCGUUUGUUUGCUAUAUUAUUUUGUGUUCCUAGUCAAACUGUUUGGAUACCACAACAAAUGUUAUCCUGUCAGAAAACUACUAUGAGUCCUACAGAAAAUGGAACUAUAUCAACUGGAAACAAUGAACUUGACACAAAGUUGGAGGAAUGGUUAAAGUUUAACAAGAACGAUUCGCAGAACGAUGAGGUGAGAGAGUUAAUAGCCAAGAAUGAUGUAUCGACUCUGUCAAAAUUGUUCCUGGAACGCAUGGCGUUCGGCACGGCAGGUCUACGUGGCCGGAUGGGAGUCGGGUUCUCUCAGAUGAAUGAUUUAGUAAUAAUUCAGACAGCUCAAGGUUUGCUUAAGUAUCUGCAGAGGGAACAUGAGGAUCUCUCUACCAGAGGCAUUGUUGUGGGAUACGAUGGACGUCAUAACAGCCGCAGGUUUGCAGAGUUGACUGCCGCAGUGUUUGAGCAGGCUGGCGUCAAAGUAAACCUGUUUGCUGAGGUUUGUCCGACUCCAUUUGUCCCGUUCGCCGUAACUCAUUGCCACCAUGUGGUCGGGGUAAUGGUCACUGCUUCACACAAUCCCAAGGAAGACAACGGCUACAAGGUGUACGGACCCCUGGGUACACAGAUCAUCUCUCCGGUGGACAAAGAGAUCCAGAAGUGUAUUUUGGACAGCCUGGAGCCUCAAAUCAGCUGGGAUGUGACGCUGUCAGCUGAUACGCUGGACCAGACACAGCUGACGGUGACACAGGAUGCUUACUACGCAGUACUCAAGGCAGGGGUGUAUAACGCAUCAGCCAACGCAGAGUCCCCACUCAACGUAACAUACACUGCAAUGCAUGGUGUGGGCUACCCUUACGUCUGCAGGGCGUUUGAAGUAGCUAACUUCAAGCCAGUGAUCCCAGUGAAGGAACAGGUGGAGCCGGAUCCUGAGUUUCCUACAGUCAAGUUCCCAAACCCCGAGGAAGGCAAGAGUGCCCUGACUCUGGCCAUCAGGACGGCCAAUGAACAUGGAAGCACCAUCAUUGUGGCCAAUGACCCAGAUGCAGACAGACUGGCAGUGGCGGAGAAAACAAGACAGGGUGAGUGGAAGGUGUUUACUGGCAAUGAGCUUGGAGCAUUGUUGGGCUGGUGGAGCCUCUACACCUACCAGAGACGGAACCCUAACACUGACUUGAGCAAUGUAUACAUGAUAUCCAGCACUGUGUCUUCGAAAAUACUCAAGACCAUGGCCAAGCAGGAGAAAUUCAACUUUGAGGAAACUCUGACAGGAUUCAAAUGGAUGGGAACACGAAGUGCAGAGUUGGAGGCGCAAGGCAAGACAGUGUUGUAUGCCUUCGAGGAGUCUAUCGGCUAUAUGUGUGGCACUGGUGUGUUGGACAAAGAUGGUGUAUCAGCAGCAGUCAGAGUCACCGAGUUAGCAACCUUCCUCAGCAGCAACCAGGGGCUGACACUGCACGAGAAACUCAACUAUAUAUACUCCUUCUACGGUUACCACAUCUCUGAAAACUCAUACUUCAUCUGCCAUGAACCAGAAGUAAUCAAGAAAAUGUUUGAGCGUUUAAGAAAUUUUGGUGACACUCCUAACAAUUACCCAGAAGGUCUGUUGGCCAACAAGUACCAGGUGGUUUCUGUCCGUGAUCUGACGACGGGUUACGACUCCACGACGCCGGACCACAAGGCUACCCUUCCUGUGUCUAAGUCAAGCCAGAUGAUUACCUUCACAUUCAACAACGGACUGGUGGCGACAUUGAGGACCAGCGGCACUGAGCCCAAGAUCAAAUACUACACGGAACUGUGUGCCUCGCCUCAGCUCAAAGAUAUAGAUGAAGUAAAGGCAGUUCUGAAGGAGAUGGUAAAUGCCAUCAUUGAAGAGUGGUUCCAGCCAAAACUAAACAACCUGAUUGCUAAGUCUGGCUGAACAAAAUUGCCAUAGCGACGCUUACCCUGUCCUAAGUUAUUUGUUGAUGUAGCUCCUAAGCUGUACUAACUGUACUUUGUUCAUUUAAGGGUUCCCACACCCAUAAGAAGUCUGCUGGAUUGACCCACUUUAAAUAACUAGAAAGUAAAAUUACAGUUUAGGAGAGCUUAACUUAAAUUUAUUUUAACCUGCAAAGAAAGGUUUAAAUACUCUGACUGCUUUUUGACAGGACCUUUGAAAUAGUUUACUACAUUUUUUAACAUACUACAACAAGUUUUAGGGAAUAUUUAUUUGACAAUAUGCAUACAGAAGAACCUUCUUGCCUUAGGUUGAAAAAGACUUUAUAUUAGUCACUAGUGUUUCCAUAUUUUAAAUUUAGUGUUUGUUGGAUUAAUUUAUCUUUGAGGGGUAAAAUUUUGGUUUUUCUAAAUUUAAUUUUUCCUCCUCUCAUUGUUUUUUUGGGUCAGAAAGUUGAGUGUCUGCACCCAUCUGGCAUAUCUUGAAAACUCCUAACUUAUAACUGAUUUUAAGAGUUAGCAGUUUUAAAGAUUGACAAGAAAAGUAAAUAAAACAUUUUUAAGAUAUUUAACCCCAUUCAUAAAACUUAAUUAUGUGGGGACCCUUAAAAAAAUGUGUUCCUUUUUGUUAUAAAUUUGUCUUUGUGUUAACUGCAAAAGUAUUACCUUAUACUUUUCUAUUUUAUUGUUGUUGCUCAUCAGGAUAAGUGAAUAGCUACGUUCUGACAAACUAUUAAUUUGAAUUCUAACAUUUAGCUUUCAUCACAAAACAAAUUUACCUGACAAUAAAGUUGCCUUUUCAGGUGAUACUCCAUUAGCCAUUUCACUAUUUAAACAUAUCUAUGUUUAUAUUUGCUCACUAUGUUGGUCUAGGUGCAUAUAAUUCAUUUCUAAGAAGUUGUGCAAAUGCCAAGACACACCACACAGACGCCAGUCAUUGAAUUUAAAUUAACAGGUAAUAACAAGACUAUCAGUUAAGUAUUAUAACCAAGAUUUUGCUGAAUUUGGCAUGUACCCAAACUCAACACAAAUGCCGCGAGUUAUGUAUUUAUGUAUGUAUUUUCCAGUCGGGUUCUGGAAUUUGAUAUAUAAACCAUAGUAUAUUCAGGAUUUUUUUUUUUAAUGGCGAUUGACCACAUUUAACACAUCAGAAAAAAGUUUCUCAAAAACACCUCUUACAAAGUCAGAUUAAAUUUGUUGGUUUAGUUUUACUCAAAAUAUUUACUGCGAACUUAACUAAUCACAACUGUGUAAGAACGUUCGUCCAGAAGUUAUUGCUUUUUUUAAAUAUAGUAAACCAACCUAAUGAAAAAUUGAGGUUAAUAAUUUAAAAUGAGCAUAAGGACCUGUGAUGGUAAAAUACUUGUUAUUAGCAGGCAUAGCUGAAUGAGAAAGAGUUCCUAAUUGCAUAAUAAACACAAACACUCAAGACUCACACAAAUUAAACAGUCACUGACUGCAAUUUCAAACGAAAAACAGGCUUCCUUCCAAUUAAUAAUAUAUUAAUAAGUUAUUAAUAUAGCUAAGAAUUAUAUCAACAUCAUUAUUUUGACAAAUUGAAAUUUUCAUUAGUUUUUUUGUGAGUGUUUAAAAACUGUUCUUUUACGUUUGCAGAAGAAUUGUAUGAUCUAUAAUUAAAAGCUUUAGAUUUAUGCCUGAGGAGAAGAAAGUAUGGUCAGUUUCUGAAACUGUUUAUUUUUCACUUGAUUUUUUUCUUUACACAAAAAAUACAAAACCAAUAAAAUUAAUAAUUAGAAACACAAUUCUGUAGUUUACACCUUUUUUGUGUUUUAGACACAGUUUUUGUAGUUUCUAUUUCCAGUAGCAGUCCCAGGUAGGGAUUGGGUGAUUCGCCCCCCCCCCCCCCCCCCCCACUAAAUGUCAGGGUGGACCCUUUUUUGGCCUGAACGUUUUUAGGCUUUACAUUACCAGGUAGAAGAGGGGCAUCCCUCCCCUGAAAUUGAAUCCUGAGGCUACCAUAGAGACCAACUAUUUGUUUAACACUUGCACUGUUGCAAGCAGCUUUUCUAGUAAUGUUUAGAACAUUGCGUAGAAAUUUAUUAUCAGUUUAUUUGUUUGGAGUUUAUUUUUUUAUUAUAAAAUUGAGUUACUGUCAAAUUUUAACUGCUACCCAACUAAUUAUACUUCAUAUUUUAUAUAGCCUAAUUAGAUUUUUCUUUUUAUGAAACAUAAAUUGACAAUCAUAUUUUUAUACAAAGCCCUAGGUACAAUGCAUUUAUUGCAUUACUAUCAAGGACUUUACUUUAUUUUAUGUUAUGCUAUUAACCUUUAGAAAUAUAUUAUUUCUCUUGUACAACUUCUGGUUGAUAGGCUCACCUCCCUAGUGGAAUACAAGCUACUCAUGGGUGAG